AUGAAUUCUUUAUCAGCUGCACUUGAUCAACGUCUUGCACGUUCUACUCAUUAUAUAACAUGUCCUAAUUGUAGUCAGUUAAAUAAUAAAUUAAAAAUGAAAGAACAAUUUCAAAAUCUAUUUUCAAUGUUAGUAUAUAUGUCUGAUGUUUAUCAUUAUCAAUUAUGGUUAGCAACAUGGAAUAAUGGUUUAUGUACAUCUACGUGUAGUGCAUGUCAAGUAACAGCUCUAGUUGGUCGAGAUAAUCCAACGAGCGUAACGAUUGUUGAACAAAAUGAAUAUCCAUUUGAUGAUACAAUUUAUUUUCGUUUUCAAUUACCAAUACCAACACAAUUUAAUGUGUAUUUACGUAUUCCUCAAUGGUGUCAAGAGUCAAUUGAACUUUAUAUUAAUGGAGAAAUUAUUUUCAAUAAGAAACCAUCGACUAAUGAUUCAUAUUUAGUUCCAGAUCGAAUAUGGUGUGAUGGAGAUUUACUGAUGUUUAAAAUUCCAAUGACAGUUCAAAUGAAAAUUUGGUUAAAAAAGCAUAAUUCUGUAUCAAUUUAUAUGGACUUCUUUCUUUUUGCGUUGAAUAUUUAUGAACAAUGGAAUCGUAUUGGUGGUAAAUAUGAUUGGCCUGAGUAUGCAGUAUUACCUAAAUCACCUUGGAAUUAUGGAUUAAUAUUGUGA